AUGGGAGCACGAAAGACAAAACCAGCCAAGAUACGAGAAGAUGGCGCAGCACUGCGAGGAUCACAAGGAAAUCAAAAGAUGGUCCUGAAGAGACAGGCAGUCGUUCCUCGGUGGCGUCGAAGGGAAAUUUAUGUUGUUGAUGGAGCCCGGCCCGAUCGCUUUUCCACUGAAAGCAACCGGCAACCAGCAGCGGCGAAGAGGAGAAAGAGUCUGAAAGAAUUACAGCAAGAGGCUCCACAUGGAUUUAAACAGUUCGAGUCGGCAGUGAAUUGGAAAUCUCUGGACGAAGAUACCGCUUUGCAAUUGUGGGAGGACAUUUUCAAGCCUCUACAAAGUCCAUAUCAUUUUCAGGGUACAAGCGGUCUGAAAACUUUGACGUAA